AUGAGGAGAGAAAAUGUGAAGCCUUCAUUAGUAACAUAUUAUUUGACAAGAUCCUCAUUAAUCCAUCCGCUAUUAGCAAUAACCUAAGUAAAUAUUGGAAUCUAUCUCCUGUUUGCUGCACCCUAUAUAAACACAAGAUUCUAUACUGUUGCAGCACCAAUGUUCUUCAGAUAGCUUUGCUGUUUAACUCUAAUUUUCCUAUUCGCACUUGCAACCAGAAAAUUUAAUACAAGUCUUACUCUAAGAGAUUGGAUUUACUGUAUAUUGGUUGGUCUCAUUGGUAUAAGUACAGCUUAAUAUUUUUAACUCGAAAAUUUUAAGACAUUAUUGUGGUAGUCUGGAGUCUAUAGAUUAGCUACUUGGUAGCCUAUAGUACCGGUGAUUGUUACUUUUAUAUCAUUACUAUUAAAACUAGAAAAACCAUCUAGAAUUAGAUACUUUGUCAUUGUAGUAGAUUUCGUCUUUCUUACCAUAAUCAUCAUUAUAAGAGCUUGUUGGAGGACUUUCUUUAUCUACAUACUUGAAUGCUUAAAUAGAGGAUCAUGGACUAUUGGUGAUAUGCCUUAAAUUUUAUAUGAAUUGGAAGAGGUUAUAGGAGUCUUGAUAUUUUCAUGUUUCAAUGAAGUGAUCAACUAUAUUUUGCUUUUAUACCUGAUGAAAAAGACAUUUAUAACGAAAGCAUCUUUAUAUGGAAUUCUUAGUGCUAUUGUAAUAAUAUGUGCCUCAGCAGUUUAAGGCAAAAUCAAAAGUGCAUUAUUGUGGGCUGAAGUAUGUGUAUUUCUACUCGGUUAUAUGCUUAUAUUCCUUGAGAAGCGUAGAGAAAAAUACAUUGUUAAGCACAAAGCUGAAGUACAGCAUAUUAAGUAUAUUAAAUAGUAAGACGAGGAUGAAUUUCACAGAGUAAUAGAGUCUCCUAGAUAAUCGAAAUAACCAAGAGGUAGAGCUAAAACUUAAAGAGAAGUUUAAAUUUCAUAGGAUAACUACUUCUACCAGAGCUAAACAAAUGUGGAAAAUAAGAGGGCUGAGAAUAUUGCUGAAGUAAUUAUCAGAGAUUUAUAAUAGAAGAAGAUGAUACAAGUAGACUAAUCCAAUCAAGAAAAUGAAUCAUAUGAGUAAAUAAUGCUUUUGAAAAACUCUGAUUUGAGUAAUUAAGGAGGUAUAAUCUAAAAUCGAAUUAAUAUUUCAAGUUGA